GGAGUAGUUAAUAAAUACGUGCAUGUACCAAGCCGUGCUCAAGUUAGUGCGCGCAGUUGAUUAAGACGGCGAUAUAGGUACCUAUUAAGCAUACAUGCAUUAAAGACAAAUUAAUACAUGUAACCUAGGUACUUACAGUUACCUAAGAUACCUCUUACAUGUAAGCUACCUACCUAGGUACCUGUACCUAUUCCGAUAUCUUUAAAUUAAUAGCUGUGCGACAACGACGUUUGCAGCUUCCACGACGAACAACAAUCAACCCCGCCAUAUCGCAACUGCAAAAAGAAAAAACAAUUACACUUAAUACACAUAAUACAUACCUACCUCUAGGUACCUACCUAUAUUCUCUACCUACCUCAUUCCCCACAAGCUGGCCCCGUAGUUCCCAUUUUUCACCCAUAUUUUCCACCUUUCCACCUUUCCACCUUUCUACCUUUCUACCCUUUUUAACCUUCGCGUACGUCAUAAGUCAUGUCUACGUACGGAAGCUAUAUUCCUCCCUUUCGCCGUGGAGAUUCACAGGCAACUGGUGCUGCGCCUGAUACAUCAGAGUCAUCUACUCCUCCUAACCACUCAUCAUCAUAUCAACCUUUCAACAACGGAGGCAGUAGAGGCGACAUGAAUAGUCGAGGAUUCCGUGGAGGACGAGAUCGUGGAGGACACGGCCGUGGCCGUGGUCGCGGAAGAGGUACCUAUGGCAACUCGUUCUCCCAAGGUCGUAACCAACAGCAUCAAGGCCAGUUCGAUGAUGUUGACUUCUACGAUCAACGCGCAAUUGUGAAGCAUUUCUGCGAUGAAGAGGGAGUUGAAGCCGUUUCACACCAAAACUCGAGCACCUUCCACGGCUCUGGGGAGCAUCCAGACCAGUUGUCUUACAUGCUGCUCUUUACCAAUGCCAACCCCCGCUGGCCUGGCGACCGUAUCGUGUUUGCCAAAUCCAAGCUUACUUUGUUACCGGAGUACAGCUCAAAGAAGGCGGAAUACGGGGAUUGGCCACUCCCUAAACAACCUGAGGAGUCCCAAGAUUUCCACGCAACUACGAAUAGGAUUCCUACGGAAGAGGCAUCUCAAUCUACUACUCAGGACAACGAAGUUGGCCAAGUUACGACUGCUAUUGAAUCACUGUCCGUCACCGACGAAGAGACGGCAAGGGCUACUACAUCCCCUGAUGCGAGCCAGACAGAUGAGGCACCCGUUGCGGAAACGUCGUCUAGUUCAAGCAGCCGCAUGAAGUUCAGCGACGUCCGUAACCUACCGCCCGAGGAACAGGAUCGUAUAGUGGAGGAGCGGAAGCAACAGCGUCUAAAGCUUCAACAGAUACAGGCACCUAGCUUUCCCACUAUUCCACCCAUCGACUACGCCCCAUCUGCGCACGCGCCUGUUGCGGUAUUUGAAGAGCGUCGCUCCUACGACCAAGGACGCAGCAGUCCGCGAUUUAUUUUCGCAGGUUGGUACCGUAUUGCGCGCAUCAAUGUACUAGCGCCGCACUCAGCAGAGCUCGUGCGCAUGCAGCAGCAAAAGUGGGAGCGUCGCGACCGCUAUGGCAAUGUUAUCCCCAGCAAGUCUCGUGAUGUCUCGGCAUGGAAUGCAGCACUUGGUAUAGAAUGGGCAGUCGUUAAGUUUGAGAAGAUUGGCGACGAGGAGGCGCCCGCUACUCCUGCUAUCGAAAAGUUACCCAAACCUGAAAACACUGCCGAGGCAGCUGGCAGACGUAAAGGCGAUGGCGAGGGCGAGGUAGAAAAAGACUCAAAGGAGGAUGUGGGAACAAAGGAAGACAUAGGCGGAAAGAUGGGUGUGGCAUCUGUCGUUGCGGGCGGGAGCGAAGAGGAACUUCCCACGGAGAAUAUCUACGCAAGAGAAUCAGGCAAGCAACCGGAAGCUGCCAAGGCAGAGGCCGGUGAAGGAAUACAAGAUGGGAUUCAGGGUCAGGAAAAGGCAUCUAUUUUGACAAAGCCAGGUGACACAUAGAGGGCUAGAGAACAUCUUCCCUGUUCUCUCGGGUGUUGCGAGGUUUAGCAUUUUUACGCUUGUCGCAUUUUCUGGUAUUUGCUUAGGCACUGGCACUUCAAAAUGAUGCAUGAUGGCGUUAUGACUUGAUUACGAUUCAAAAUGGCUAGAAGGUCUGUUGACACAACACUAAUUGACAUAUCAUACCUAUUAAGU